AUGAAUCCGAAAGAGGAAAAGCGAAAUUUCCGCAUUGCUCUCCAGAUGAAUAAUUUCAAGACAGCUUUGAAGGGGUUUGAAAGAUUGAUUGAACAUACAGCAGCCCAGAAAAGGGAUGAAAGAUUGGGUUUAUUUACUUCAAAAGAAGAGUCAAUUGAUUAUGACAAGUUUUAUGGGACAGUACGGGAUCUUUUUGGUCCAGAAGUGAAGAGUCAAGAUGUGAAAUGUUUUUACCGAAAACUCUGCAAUAACCCGGAUGCAUCUAUAGACUGGUGUGAGAUCUUUGGCUAUUUCUGCUCAGAAGAAGAUGCUCUGGCAUCCCAAAUAGAUGAAGAAAAUUUGAUUUUCCUUGUUUCCAGAAAACAGCGAGUUGUAAUUUCAGGGAGUAGAAGACGAGAUGUGAUUAAGUGCAUUGUCAAGAUUCCUCACCUGGAUCUCCUGGUAGCAGCAUCUCAGAAAGGGCUGAUAACAGUCUUUAAUAGCCAGAUGAGAGUUCAGACCAGCACCACUGUUACAGACACUUCCUGGAUUACAGGAUGUGAUUACCUCUUCCAAUUGAAGCGGAUUGUUGCCACUACAGAAAGGACCAUUAUUGUCUGGGAUUAUAAAGCUCAAGGGAACAGUCAGGAGAACUAUUUCGUUAUAAAGCCCAUGGAUCACUGCCUCCUCUGUGUUUGCGUUGUGCCGUUGCCAGACCAGGUCUGCCGAGAUGACAUCCUCUUGGGAGAUGAUGGUGGCUUUGUGACUAGAUUCACAGUAAAUAGUGAUGACUUUGGACUAAAGCAGGCAAAAUCCAAAAAAAAGUUUCAAAAUCAGGUCUUAGAUUCAAAGAAUUUUAAAAGUAUUAAAAGAAAGUUACAUAACGACUGGGUUAUGAAAAUCAGAUAUAUUCCAGCUCUAAGUUGCUUUGGAUCCUGCUCCUUAGAUACUAUUCAUUCAUUAGUUUUGGAUUCCUUGAAGAGACUUGAGGAUAAUUUGCCUGUCAGAGAGUUCUCCAUGCCUAGAGGAGCAAACACUUUUUGCUACUGUAUGAAAGCAAAUGUGCUUGUUACAGGAGGAGAUGAUAAAGUCCUUCGGCUGUGGCAUCCCAAUAUAAGCACAAAGCCAGUAGGGAAACUUGUUGGACACAUGUUCAGUAUCACUGAGAUUGUAACAAAUGAAAAGGAUCAACACGUCAUCAGCCUUUCUUCUGCCAAGGUUUUCAGAGUAUGGGAUAUACAAACCCUUUCGCUAUUACAAGUUUUCCACGACAGCCAGGGUGGACCAGGAGACAUGCAGAUUUAUUCUAUGGUGUAUGAUUCUAAUCAUGGUAUGCUGAUUACAGGAUCUAGUGUGAUAGAUAUGUAUCCUUUGACUCGAAUGGUACAAGAUACAAAACAGAUUCCUCAUACCCAUGAACGAGAAAUCAAUGUGAUGCUUUACAACAAAACUUUUCACCAAGUACUCACUAUCUGCUCAGAAUCUGUAAUUAAGGUGUGGGAACUAGAGACUGGUCUGCAAAUAUACCAUAUUUUAGACCCUCAUGGCUUCAGUGUUGAACUGACUGCAGCAGCUGUCAAUGAAAGUGGACUUAUCUUUGCUACUGGAGCAUACAAUGGAACAGUGAAAGUCUGGGACUUUGGUAGUGGGCAAGAGCUGAGAGCUCUGCCGGAAGGAAAAGACUGGAAGGAAGAAGAACACUGGCUCCAUGACCUGAUUUUCCUGAAAUCUCAAGAAAAACACCAGUAUUUGAUCCUUGCCUUGGAGCGCAAUGGGAAGAUCAAAAUUAUCCAGGGAAAUGAAGAAGAUGUUUUCCUCAUGGUGAUAUGGGAGCUACCUGAUGCUGUGCCUUUCCUACAAGAUGGGAAUCGUGUUCUGCAUAUGAGAACAUCUAGUAAACCAAAGAACCCAAAUAUUUCUUUUCCAGAUGUUGAAUUGAUACUUGAGAGGAAAUUAUCUCGAAGUAUUAAUAAUCCUGCCAUCCGUACAGAAGUGAACUGUAUCGACUUACUACAAUUAGAAGGUUAUAAUUUGAUAGCUGCUGGAACCUUAAAUGGCGUGAUCAUCUUAUGGAAUUUUGUAAUGUCUACUGUUACAGAAGUUUACCGACCUGAAGAUUGCUUCACUGUGGACCCUGACUUGGAUCCCAAACGCUUUAGAAUUAAUGACAUCUUGUUCCUCUUUCGUACCCCUGAAUGUGCAAGGAGAUCAAGCCAGGAUUCCAUAUGCUCUUCAUCUCAGUGUGAUUCCAGUAGGGGUCCACAAAGCAGCAAGGGAAGCAAACAAAGCAUCCAUGAUGCAGAAGUUAAAGGUGAGAAUACAAAUAGUUUAGUGGGAGAACAACAAUUCAUGGACAAAAAGCAAUAUGGAGGCUCCAAUUUAGUAGAAGCUCAACCACCUAUUCUCGCCACUGCACAUGAGGAUGGGCACCUUCGAUUGUGGACUAUAGAGGGAAGAUUACUGAAAGAUAUGCUACCUUUCACAAAGCAUUCUGCUAUUUCUUUGACAUCACUGUAUACUGAUUCAUGUACUAGGAUACUAUUGGCUGGAAAUGUAGAAGGACAUGUGAUCCUUUGCAGUAUCAGUUCUUUCCUGGAUCCACCUCACGAUGAAAAGAAAUUCAAGCAGCUUCUUUCCUGGCGUGCGCAUGCUUUAGAAAUUGUUCAGGUAAUCUACAUAGAAGACAAACAAGUGGUACUGACUGCUUCCAUCGAUGGCUCAGUAAGGCUCUGGCAGGCCCUCAAUGGUCAUUACUGUGGAUACUUUGGACAGCGAAGGAUAUUUGAUUUAGCACAUGCAACUGAUUUCAUUUUACCUUGUGAUGUUAAUGAAUAUCCCAUAGAAAUUAAAGAAGAAAGUAAGUUCAUAGAGAAGAAGCAAAAAUAUGAAUAUCCUCUGAUAUUUGACCGGGCAAGAUGGAGAAAAAUGAGCUCAAUGUCUUUGCUUUUCAAACGUACACCUCCCAAGGCCUUUGAGGUGGAACAGGAUUUUAAGUUUUUCAAGUCUCUUUCCUCACCCAAGAUUAGAAAAUACACCUUGGAAGGUUUCAUGACUGAAAACAAAGAAGCAGGGAUUGUGUUUGGUUCUCUGCCUAUAUAUAGGGUACCAAGCCCCACUAGUCUAAGAUUUCUGCCACUCAUUGGUUCAGAAGCACAGAGGGACUCUUUAGAUCUCCUUCCAGGGAAGAAGAAAGGAGGGCAUGUUCAACAUGAAAGAGUAAGAAGGAGGAGAAGUCUGAAAAGAAAUUUGGUCCCACAAAUAAAUCUAGCCUCUUCCUUCUUCCCAUCUAUUACCAAGUAA